AUGACAAGUACAUGGUCACUUGUGGUUCCUGAAGAGGCUACAACAGCUGUGCUGGUUCAUUCUAUCUCACCACAAACAACACAGGAAACUAUUCGUGACUUUUUCUCAUUUUGUGGUAUUAUCAAGGGGUUCGAAAUGAACAACCAAAAGGCACUUGUCUAUUUCGAACAAGAGUCAGCCGCCAAGACUGCUAUUUUAUUAUCUGGAGCGGUGGUGGAUGAUUGUCCCAUAGUCGUUGAGCCUUAUCAUAAAGCAGGUGUUGUGGAACCAAUUACAACAAUCAAAGCAGGUGUUGAGGAGCCAAUCACACCUACCACGGCUCCUGUUGCUAACAAGUCCGUGUCACAUGUGAUGGCCGAGUUAUUAGCAUCAGGCUAUGUUUUGACAGAACCCGUGGUCGCCAAAGGCGUAGCAUUUGAUGAAAAACAUGGGGUGUCCACUCGAGUAACUGGUUAUUUUAACAAGGUCAAAUCACAGCUGGGACACCAACAACAGACUACAAAGGGUGUAGGAAAAACACAUAGCUUGUUCAGUUCUAAAACACUGGGAAGUAUCACUGCCAAAGUCUCAAAUGUCCAUGCAGAAGCUAAGCGUAUCGCAGCCGAAAAAAAGAAGCCAUCACAAGCGUCCUAA